AUGGUAAAGAACUUCUACAUCUUCGGCAAGGGGAUAUCAUUCAGUGUUUCGCCCGCCAUCCACAACGCAGGGUUUCAACACUAUGGUCUUCCAUUUACCUACGCAAUUCAUGAGUCUGAGAGCAUUGAUGAAGCUACUGCAUUGAUUGCAAGCGAUUCUUUUGGCGGGGCGAGUGUCACAAUGCCACACAAACUGGAAAUUCACAAAUUCUGCAACAAGAAAAGCGAAAGUGCUCAACUAAUCGGCGCAAUCAACACUCUCAUCGUGAAUGGCAAUGGCAGCGAUCGUAUAAUCUCUGGCGAUAACACAGAUUGGUCUGGCCUGUACAGUCUCAUGACUGCACACUCGACAAAAACACAAAUCCAACCCAGGACCGGACUAGUGAUAGGGGCCGGGGGCGCAUCAAGAGCCGCACUCUAUGCUCUACACAAAGCUGGAGUAAAACGGAUCUACCUCGUGAACCGAACCCUAGCCACCGCCAAGAAAGUCAGGGACAAUUUCAAGACCGUGUUUGAGAUCAAGGUUGUGACAAGUCUCCAAGAUCUUCCAGAGAAGCCAGAAGUCGUUAUCGGCACUGUUCCUGCGGAGACGACUACAGAAGAUCAGUUCUCCUCGAUGUUUGGAGAUCGGGGUCUGUGUGUCGAUAUGUCGUACAAGCCGAGGCAGACGCCGCUCUUGACAGCAGCACAGCAGAAUUUAGGGUGGGACACAGUUACAGGGAUGGAGGUACUACUCGCACAGGCAUUUGACCAGUUUCUACUCUGGACAGGACUUGAGCCGCCGAAGGAGAUUAUGGCGGGGGUCAUCUCGGCACUUGAUGGAGAGCGGGCUACUGCGGCUAAAGGGGGUGUGCUUUAG